AUGUUUCAGUGCAUCAUAUUGUCACCCUCAAACGAACCACCCGCAUUGGAGUCUGUAUUGAGGUUUUUGAGCGAGCAUAAUGACGAAUCGGAAAGAGAUAUAGUCCAACGUUUUGAAAAAGGUGUUUCAACACAAGGAUAUAUGCAUGAUGAAUGGCAAAAAUUUAGAGCUUCAUCUCUAAUGUCAAUUAAUCCAGCACCCGUAACUGUUGAUAUCCCACGUUUGGAGAAUCUUAUGAAUAGUGAUUCAUCGAGGGAUAGUAUUAGUAACAAGCAUCAAAAAUCGACAAAAAAUAUGCAGAAUUCAAAUUUAUUUCCUGUCUUAAAAAGUACUUGUUCAACCAUGUCGUCUACAUCAAAUGACUCGUCCUUAUCGUCGGGUGGCUCACUGCUGCUGGCAGUUCAGAAUAACGAAAGCAGCAGAGAAAAACCGAUCUUAUCUGAAAGAAAGUCAAGUGCCAUUUCUUCACGCAAUGUUACUGAACGAUCAUCCCAAUACAUGAAAAGUAAUAGGGAUGCAAAUGUGAAUGACGAAAUUUUGGUGGAAAUUAGGAAAACAGCUGAUGAUUCGCUUCCUGUUGUUUUGGAAAAAGAAUUUAUACCCAGUGUUCCAUCGCUAGAAGAAGCAACUGUAUAUCCGUUAACAAAUGUUAAAAAAAAUAUACCAGCUAGUUUAUGCUCAUCACUACGUUCAGAUGACGACAAAGUGACGGUGCGAUAUAUGCCAGCAAAAAUUUCCACGACAGACGUAGCAGUUUCCACUGAUCCUGUAUUUAUGGAUCAUCAAUUAGUAGAAAAAAUUGAAGUGGGCGUCAACACUAUUGCAGAAAUGGCUAGCAACACAGCGGAUGGUAGUUCAAGUUCAAACACAGCCUCUGAUAAUAGCGCUGGACAGCUACCAAAGCGAUUGUUUGACACUGUUUUGCAAAGGCCUUCGUUAAGAAUUGUGUCACUGCGACCGGACGGAAGUAUCGUUCCCACAGGUAAUUCAUCGUUACGAUGUUCCCCCAGUGUCAGAGAAUGGACGCCCGUAACCAGUGGAGGAAAUUCAGAAAAAUCACUUAUAGCUUUAGGAGAGAUUCGUGAGAUGGCUAGCGAAUCUAACCUAAAUCAUUCGGAAUACAAUGGAAUGCGGAAAUCAGAUAGUGUCGCAGCAUCAGCAUCAGGACUUGAUCCCUUCGAGGAAGAUUUAAAUACUCUUGCGAAUAUUUCACCGCUUCCACAUUCUUAA